UGUCUGAGGGUAGACUCAGCCUUCUGUCCAGCUGUCAUGGAGCCCAAGAAGAUCAGAGAGGGCUACCUGGUGAAGAGGGGGAGCGUGUUCAACACUUGGAAACCCAUGUGGGUUGUAUUGUUAGAAGAUGGAAUUGAAUUCUACAAAAAGAAAAGUGACAAUAGCCCCAAAGGAAUGAUUCCUCUGAAAGGAAGCUCUAUAACUAGUCCUUGUCAGGACUUUGGCAAAAGGAUGUUUGUGUUUAAAAUCAAUACGACCAAACAGCAGGAUCACUUCUUCCAGGCAGCAUUCCUAGAGGAGCGAGAUGGCUGGGUUCGAGACAUCAAGAAGGCCAUUAAAUGUAUUGAAGGAGGCCAGAAGUUUGCAAGGAAAUCCACCCGGAGGUCCAUUCGGCUGCCAGAAACCAUAGAUUUAGGUGCCUUGUAUUUGUCCAUGAAAGACACUGAGAAAGGCGUGAAAGAACUAAAUCUAGAAAAGGAUAAGAAGAUUUUUAAUCAUUGCUUCACAGGUAACUGUGUCAUUGACUGGCUGGUUUCCAACAAGUCUAUUAGGAAUCGCCAGGAAGGCCUCAUGAUUGCCUCCUCACUGCUCAAUGAAGGGUACUUGCAACCUGCUGGAGACUUGUCCAAAAAUGCAGUGGAUGGAACUGCUGAAAACCCUUUCCUGGACAACCCUGAUGCCUUCUACUACUUUCCAGACAGUGGGUUUUUCUGUGAAGAGAAUUCCAGUGAUGAUGAUGUGAUCUUAAAAGAAGAAUUCCGUGGGGUCAUUAUUAAGCAGGGAUUCUUACUGAAGCAGGGGCAUAGGAGGAAAAACUGGAAAGUGAGAAAGUUUAUUCUGAGAGAGGAUCCUGCAUAUCUGCACUACUAUGAUCCAGCUGGAGGAGAAGAUCCUCUGGGAGCCAUUCACCUGAGAGGUUGUGUGGUGACUUCAGUGGAGAGCAACCCAGAUGGCAAGAAGAAUGAAGAAGAGAACCUCUUUGAGAUCAUCACGGCCAGUGAGGUUCACUAUUUCUUACAAGCAGCAACACCCAAGGAACGCACUGAAUGGAUCAAAGCCAUCCAGGUGGCCUCCCGAACUGGAAAGUGAAGGCACACCUGCAGCUCCUUACCAUCCUCCCAAGGAAGCCCCACAAAUAUGUGUGGUCAGGGAUCUGUCUACUUCUGGCAACCAUCAGUGGGACAUUCCAUCU